CCAUUUUAUCUGUACAGGAGUACACGCCAUUUCCUCGUCGUGUGUAGGAAGAGAGUAGAGUAACCCAUUCAGUAUUGCCCGUUUUCUCCUACUAUACUGCAGCAGUACGUACUGCAUUCCGAAUCUCUUCCACAACCACAACCUCACCACUCUCCAAAACCAUCCCCCCUCAAAAAGAAAAAAAAAAUGAACUCCUCACCCCCCGACCCCGAAGAAGCCCAAACAACCCUCAUCAACCCCCAAAAAUACAAACCCUACCCUGUACCAUCUUCGCCCCUCCGAUUCUCCUCUCCCCUCAACGUCCUCGCAACAACCCUCCUCAUCCUAACCCUCAUCCUCCUGAUCCCGCUCACCUACCUCAUCACCACACAAUCACAAUCCCAACCAUACAAUCAAUGCGGCACCACAGCCGCCGAAGCGCGAUCCCGCAACUGCGUGUUCGAAACAACAGGCUUCACCUGGCUCCCCAGCGCAUGCGCGGACCCAACCACGGAAGCGGAAUUCCUAGCGUACAUCGAGAAGGAAAGGCUGGAGUUGUACCGCGAUGUGAAUUACACGGAUGUAGUUCCUAUCGAGGAAGUGAGGCGUGGGGAAGGGAAGGGUUUCUUCGUAACGCAAGCCUACCAUAUAACGCACUGUCUGUUCCUGCUUAAAAAACUGCAUCGCGCGGUUAACGAGGGGAGGUUGUUGGAUGGGCAGAUUAUGCCGGCACAUCAUACGGAGCAUUGCGUGGAGAUGGCGUUGAAGGGGCCGGGGUUCAAAGAAGGGGUCGUGCAGCUCUCUUAUACCAAGUUUCCGUAUUGUGGGAGGGUGGGCGGGUUUGAUGUUUUGUGGAGGGAUGGGGUGGGGCCGUUGGGGUGGACUACGGAGUGA